AUGAAAUUACUCACUACUUUCUCUCCCCUGAUUGUUCUCAUUUUAUUCCAGGAUCAAAUAUCUUGUUUCUACUUAACUAAAUCUGCUUCUCCUGGCUACUAUCAAGAUGCAGAUUUUGUUAUUGGAGGACUCUUCUCCCUUAGAAUGACUCUUGGGGAACACUUUAAACCUAAAAUUCUCUUUACAGAUAAACUGGAUAAACUGGAUGCUGUUUAUGCGGAUUUCACUAAACAUUACCAGCACAUGUUGGCAAUGGUUUUUUCAAUAGAAAAAAUCAACAAGGACCCACAUAUUCUUUCCAAUAUGUCCCUGGGAUUCAAUCUCUUCAAUGUUGACUUUACUGAGACAAAGGCUAUGGAAAGUUCUAUGGCUUUGCUCUCAGGAGAGAGCCCCCCAGUUCCUAACUACAGCUGCAGGCCUGAGAAGACUGAUAAGCUGGUUGCAGUGAUAGGAGGCAUAUCAACAGCAAUAUCCACUCAGAUCUCCCGGGUUUUAAGUCUCUAUAACAUCCCACAGAUCAGCUUUGCUCCUUUUGACCAGAGUCUUGGGGCCAGUGUCCAGCUCCAGUCUCCUUACCAGUUUCCAGUGCACAACGCAGCUCUGUAUCAGGGAAUUAUUCAACUGCUGCUAUACUUCACUUGGGUCUGGGUUGGCCUGGUGGUUCCAGAUGAUAUGAGGGGAGAACUCUUUCUUAGGGGAAUAACAGAGGAGAUGACAAAUCAUGGACUUUGUGUUGCAUUUUCAGAAAAGGUUACAGAAUUUUCUGCUACAGAAUCAGUAAACUCAAAACGUUUUAUGGAAAGAGUCAGAGAGACACGUGUUAUUGUUGUAUUUGGCGACACUCACGAUUUUCUAAUUAGUGUCUAUCUCAGUAUUUACUAUGCUUCUUUUGGUAAUGUCUGGAUCACAACUUCUGAUUGGUAUAUCAUGUUACCCAUUGAACAAAAUCUUGUUUAUAGACAUUUUGGUGGAGGAUUAUUAUUUUCGUUUUGCAUGGAUGAAAUACUGGGAUUCAAGGCUUUUCUCAGAAGUAUUCAACCUAGAAAAUACCCUCGUGAUAUCUUUAUCCAGGAUGUGUGGUCGAUCUUAUUUGAAUGCCCAUAUUUCGAUAAGGAUGGAGUCAGGGAACGAAGUCUAUGUGAGCCAAAUGGCAGCCUGAGCACACGACCUCUGCAUGUUUGGGAUAUGAAAACCUCACCCUCGAGCUACAAAGUCCAUGCUGCUGUGUAUGCCAUUGCCCAGGCACUCCAUGAGGAGCUGUCAGUCAGAGUGGAAGGAGACUCACUCCGGGCUCCUUUCCCAUGGAAGCUCCAUCCUUUCUUACAAAACAGCCAGCUUGGGCAAAGCAUCAAUGAAGAGAAUGUUGUGAACAAGGAGGUUUUGGCAACCAAGCUUGACAUCUUUAAUUACCAGUCUCUAAAGAAUGGUACCAAAGCUCAAGUGAAAGUUGGCGAGUUUGUCUUCGAAUCUCACAGUGUCCAGCAUUUUUCCCUAAAUGAAGAACUUAUGAGUUGGGGUGAACACCACAAUCAGACUCCUUCAUCUGUUUGCAGUCAAAGUUGUCCACUUGGAUUUAGAAAAACACCUGUUGAAGGAAAACCAUUCUGUUGUUUUGAUUGUGUUCCAUGUUCAGAUGGAGAGAUUGCAAAUGAAACUGAUAUGGAUCAAUGCAUCAAGUGUCCUGAAGAUCAAUAUCCAAAUAAGCAGAGGAAUCAAUGUCUCCCUAAAAUUAUAGUAUUUUUGUCCCAUGAAGAUACUCUGGGAGCUGUUUUGGUCUCCUUAGCCAUUAGUUUAUCUGCCCUUUCAGCCAUGAUUUUAGGAUUAUUUAUCCACUAUCGGGACACACCCAUUGUCAGAGCAAAUAACAGAAAUCUCAGUUAUCUCCUUCUUGUUUCUCUAAAGCUCUGUUUCUUUUGCUCAUUAAUAUUCAUUGGCCAACCUACCACAGUCACAUGUGUUUUGAGACAAAUGAUUUUUGGGGUUGUAUUUUCCAUUGCUGUUUCUGCUGUCUUGGCGAAGACCUUCAUUGUGGUUGUGGCCUUCAAAGCCAUCAAACCAGGAAACAUAUUACAAAUGUGGAUGGUGACCCGACUCUCAAAUGCUAUAGUCUGCUGUGGUUCCAUCAUUCAAGUGUGCAUCUGUGCAGUCUGGCUGGGAACACAUCCCCCUUUCCCUGAUGUUGACAUGCAGUCAGAGUUUGGGCAAAUCAUCCUCUGGUGUAACGAGGGGUCCACCCUUGCCUUCUAUUGUGUUCUGGGGUACUUGGGCUUUCUGGCUAGUCUCAGCUUGCUUAUUGCUUUUCUGGCUAGAAGGCUACCUGACAGCUUCAAUGAGGCAAAAACAAUCACGUUCAGCAUGCUGGUUUUCUGCAGUGUGUGGAUUUCUUUUGUACCCACUUACUUGAGCUCUAAAGGCAAAACGAUGGUGGCUGUGGAAAUUCUUUCAAUUCUGGCCUCCAGCGCUGGUUUACUGGGCUGUAUAUUUCUUCCCAAAUGCUAUGUGAUCCUACUGAAAUCAGAUGGCCUUUCCAGAAAGAAGUUUUUUAGAUGA